AUGCCACCCAAGGCUCACCAACAACGCUUUCCACUGUCCACCGCACAGCUCACAUGUCUCUGCGGAGACAUCAAGGAACCAGGAACCCUCCUCCGGCCAUCAUCGCCCACCAAGACUUUCCCCGUCGGCAGCCACAUGUGCCACUGCAACAGCUGCCGAUACACCACAGGCAACAUCACACUAUCCUGUCCCGUGCUCGUGGGGCCUCCGAGCACAGAAUCGCUAGCCCGAUGCACGACUUACUCUAGCUCAGCGAGCCUGUUCAGGUAUUUCUGCUCGAGGUGUGGCUGCCACUGUUUCCACCAGGAAUUCAACAAGGAGUCGCAGGCCUCGAACCCCAGGUCGUCCUCCAACGGCGGGGCCGAGGAGCCACAGGUUGGAAAGUGGUAUGUGAACGCGGGGCUCAUCGAGCGCGAUCCUGCACAAGUCGCUCCCCAGGAAGUCUGGGCCACGGAUCUCGUGGAGACAGAAUACCAUCACCACAUCGCCGACACCGUUGACGGCAGCAUUGUGCCUGGCCUGGCGGACCUCGACGGCGCAGAGAUCCCUCUCUACCUGGGCCCAUCGUCGCAGGUUCAGGGACAGCAGGCAUCUGUAGAUGAGAUCCGGAGACUCGCAGAACACCGACGUGAUACGAAACCCAACCCUGACUGUUUAAAGGCGGCAUGCCAGUGCGGCGGCAUCGCCUUCUCGAUCCGCCGGCCCAACUACGCGAUGGACGACCAGGGCGUGCCAGCGCGGCACAUCGGGCACGACAAGACGAAAUAUCCGGCUCUGUUCUGCGCGUUCCGCUACGACCGGGCAAGCUCGGGCGCCUGGUUCGUCCAACCAUGGACGUACGUGCCGCCCGCCAAUAUCACGUUCACGGAUGCCGACGAGGACGACGACCAGCAAAGCAGGAGCGCCGCAUCCGUGACGCUCUUAGAGAUAUUGGCCGCCACAGCACACGAGCCACCCUCCUCCCGCGCCGCGGCGAACGUCUCCUCGCAACUCCCGAUGACAUGGUACCGGUCAUCACGUGACAUCACGCGUUCAUUCUGCCGGGUCUGCGGGGCGACAGUGUUCUACCUGAACGAUGGCCGGCCGUCGCUGGCGAACAUCUCCGUGGGGAUCCUGCGAGGCGAUGAGGGUGCUCUGGCUCGGCGCUGGCUCGAGUGGACUUGGGGAAGAGUUGUUUGUCCUGAGAGCGCAACGGAACGUGUGAUGCUGGAGGCGUUGAUGGGUCUUGGGGAUCACAUGAGAGUAUUAUAA